AUGUCGGUCGCUCAUAUCAUCAUGCUGAUCCUCUUCGUGAGGGUCAGAUUUGCCUUUGCUGACACUUUAUCUACAAUUGAACAUGUGGUUAUCUUCAUGCAAGAGAACCGAUCAUGGAACAAUUAUUUUGGCACCAUGGCAGGAACGCGCGGAUUUGCGGAUCCCAAUGUCCAAGUGAAUACCGCGACCAACAAGUCCACUUUCUACCAGGUGGUAAACUCUGAGCUGUCUAAUGCAACUGAUUGGCUAUUGCCCUUCUACCUUGGAUACGAGGGUGGUACUUGGCCAGAAGCUGUUCAAUGCAUUACCGCUGGAAGCAAUAGUUACACGAGUAACCACUAUGCUCUUAAUGGGGGGUUGAACGAUGCCUGGGCCACCGAAAAUACUCCUUGGAGCUGGGGACACUUGCAGCGAAGCGAUAUCCCGGUGCACUUUGCCAUUGCUGAAGGUUGGACUGUUGGGGAUAUGUACCAAGAAUCGGUGAUUGCCUCUACCAACCCUAACCGUGUUGCGCUAGUCAGCGGAACCAUUGGCGUCAGCGAAAGCAAGCCUUAUAUUGACAAUUAUGAGAUUGAUGGCUGUGAGACGUCUGAGAUGAGCUGUUACCCGCUCACUUGGACGACUAUCUACGAGUAUUACCAAAACGCUGGCGUUACAUGGCAGGUCUACCAGGACACUGACAACUUUGAUGAUAACCCUCUCGCGUGGUUCAAGAAUUUCCAGGAAGCCUCUUCAGCUUCUGAGCUAGCUGAACGUGGCCUAAGUUAUAAAGGCCUAGACGCCUUCUACGAUGCCGCCGCAAACGGGACUCUCCCCAUGGUCUCUUUCAUUGUUGGGCCAACAGAGCUCUCUGAACAUCCUCCUAAUUUGCCUAGUGCUGGUGGGUGGCUUCAAAAGCAGGUUGUCGAUGCCGUUGUCAACGGUGCCGCUUACAACACUACUGCUUUGAUGAUUAGCUACGACGAAACUGGCGGCUUUGGUGAUCACGUCGUUCCAUUCCAUUCUGAGAAUGGGACUGCUGGUGAAUGGAUCGAGGACCCUUACGGCAAAUUUGGCUAUACUUACACCGGGCCAGGCUUCCGCGUCCCAUUCUACAUUGUUUCCCCAUGGACUCGUGGUGGUCGCGUCUUUACAGAGCGAGCAGACCACAAUUCCCAGAUUCUCUUCUUGGAAGAGUGGCUAACCGCUAAAGGCUACAACAACGUCACAACAGAGUACAUGGAGCCGUGGCGUCGCGAGCAUAUGUCCAAUCUUCUCAACGCUUUUGAUUUCUCAAACCCUAACUAUACUAUACCCGACAUCCCUGAUAUUGAUGCUCCUGCCCAGGACUCCGAUGGGACGUAUAUCUCUACCGGGACCUGUGAGUCAACAUACGCGGUUCUUCGGCCAACUGUUCCCUAUGGUGAGCAGACCGAAACUUCAUCUCUUUACUUCGAGGACGGAUACAAAGAAGUCGUCGGAUACUUGACUGAGGGUCGCUAUCUCACCUUUGAGAAAGGCGGAUAUGCUUUGGCCAAUCUGGGCGUCUCUUCAGUCGUCAGCCUGACAGCCACCACCACUGAUCAUAGCUCCAUUUACCAACGCUGGAUCCUCCACUAUUCUUCAGAUGAAGAAAGCCAGAUAUACUAUCUUGAAAGCGCUUACGAUGGAACUUACCUAGGUGCUGAUGGCACUUUGGUUUCUUCCAAGUCUAAAGCUAGCGAGAUAGCUAUCUCAUUCCUCGGUGGUGGGGCUGGCUAUAUUUUGCAGUACGAAGGAUCUACCUACAUUGACGUUCAGAAUGAUUCCUUCACAACAUCUUCCACAUCUGCUUCUUCAGAAGGGUUCGGUAUCUACUCUGUUACCUUCAGCGACUCUAGUUAG